UUUAACUGACGUGAUUUAAUCAACCACCAGUAUAAAAUAACAAUAACAAUAACUUCUGUUCUUUUUACAACUGGAUCCAGUUUAUUCACGUGAUAAUCAUUCAUUAUACCUUAGAGUCAACCAAAAUGGUUCUACGCAUUUGUGAUGCUAAUAUUCAAUGCACUAAUCCAGCAUCACGCUACUCAGGAAACUGUAUAAUUUGUGGGAAGCAUCUGUGUUUCGAGCAUUUGCGCCCUGAGUAUCACAAAUGUCCACCAGCAGUGAGUAAAGCGAGACUUCUUUGAUGGACCACAUGGUCACUGACAUUCUAUAGGACACCGAUGCUUACUACGCUGCGUAUAGUGCUGCUAGAGAAGGCUAUCUUGCUGCCAUCCUGGCCAAAGUUAACAUAGAGGCACUUGUAUCAGUGGCAACCAAGACUAGAAGAGGAAUCCCGUGCCGUGCGCCCAUUCUUUCAGACGAUAUAAAUUGGGAGUCUCGAUUGAAACUUGCCUCCAGCCAAUGUGGUGGACAAAAUUUCCAUUUGGACAUCGAGUUUGAUGAUAGUGUCACAUGGAUCGCAAGAAUACGACUUCAGGAUCCCUUGGUCCCUCCUCCUGAAGUUCAAGACUACGUGUUUCUAAGUGAAAUUGCCACGCUUCAAUUUCUCGCUCAAACACAAGUGCCCUCGCCAAAAGUCUAUCAUUAUCAAGCAGCUUCGCCAGAAAACCCGAUUGGUUCAUCGUAUAUACUUAUGGAGAAGAUAAAAGGUAAUCCUCUGGACUGGAAUUCGGCUGGUCCCAAGCAGCGAUCCAAGGUCAUACAACAACUGGCGGAUAUAUACCUCGAGCUCGAGAAACAUCCUUUGCCUAUGACAGGCUCACUGAUUCUCUCAGAUACCCCUGAUAAGAUCGGAGGCUUUGCUCAUGAGUCUUGGUUUUCAACGCCAACAUCUCAUCUUGGUCCUUUCACCACGCUUGAAGCUGCGUACGCUGCAGUGAUCCAUCAGCAUUUAAAAAUGAUCAAAAAAUACGAGAUCACGAGCUUGCCAGUUGACAAUUAUCUUUCCUUCAUGUGGCGGUUGAAGAAUCUCCGCGCACUUACCGCAUCUUCGGUUUCUAGCAAUGGACCUUUCUAUCUAAAGCAUUGUGACGAUAAGGGUGACCACAUACUCGUCGAUGAUGACUUUAAUAUUACAGGCAUUAUAGACUGGGAGUUCGCAUCCGCUGAGGGGAAGGAACUAGCCUUCGGUUCGCCGUGUAUGAUGUGGCCUGUAGGCGACUACUACGAUGGAAUCAAUAGCCUAUGCGCGGAUGAGUUGGAGUUCGCUCAAGCCUUUGAUGACCGUGGCCGACAGGAUCUUGGCAAUAUAGUACGGAAUGGUCGUCAGUGGCAGCGUUUCACUUUCUUCCUGGGUGGAGUGCCGGACAAUGAGGUGGAGUUUAAUGCGCUGUUUCAUGGUCUCCGGAGUGCAUUUUCUCAUGACGGUGCAGAUAUUUCAAUGUAUGAAGAUUGGAAAAAACAAGCUCUUGCUUUAGGAUGGGGAGUUGAUGGGGAGUUGAAUAUGAAUAGAGAGUUGAAUGGGGAAUUCGAACAUUGAGCUGAAUGAAGAUUUGGGCGAGGAUUUCAUGAAAAAUUGAAUAUGAAAUUGGACGAGGAGUUGAGUUGGAUAGGGAUAGGUAGUCGGAUAAAAGAAAAUGGAAAAUCAAGAUUUAGAAGGAGAAGAGGGCCACACUAACCUUACUAGCUCAUAAGGCUAUUAUGAAUAGUCUAACUAAUAGUUUUUACUCUACUU